CGCAUUCUUGUUACGUUAGAAGAUAUGACUGAGUAUACGGAACCUUUGUUAAAAAAGAUCAUUCAACUGGAAGUGGAUAUUUCUAAAAAUUGUGCAGACAACUGCAAAUACAUAACAGGAUUAUUUCACUGCCUGAAACCAAACAUACAGAUUCCUACAUCAGUUCGUGUCAAGUGUUUACAUGCCGUUCGAAGAAUAUUACCCUUAAUUUUUCAAACUUUUCAAGUGAACUUAUUUUCACAAGAGACAGAAUCACGCACAGAAAAAUCUCUCCAACAAGUGGAAAAAUGGUUGAAAAGACAAACAACCAAGCUGUGUAUAUAUUUGGAAGAACUAUGUGUAUCUAAUGAAGAACAAGUUGCCCAGUGUGCUUUGUUGAUAGGCACAACCAUUUCUGCGCAGUUUAACGCAUGGCGUCCUUUAUUUGAACGUCAGGUGACGAGAAUUUUAGUUGCUUCCGUUGAAAAGAAAGAGGGAAGAAAAGAUUGGAAUCAUUUUGUAGAAAAUGUAUUUUCCGUUUAUGGAGAUGUUGCGUUGUACACUUUGGAAGCCAUUUCGUCUCUUCAGUCUUCAGAAGAAGCUACCGAAGCAAUAGACCAGGAUGAAUUGUUUAUUCUCUAUAGAAUAUAUGAAUUGUUAUCGAAAGGAGCACAACUACUUCCCAAGUGGGUUUCCAAUUCGAAUAGAUUGGAAGAGAAAGUAAGUAUACAAGUAACGAUUCCUAUUGGAGAGGAUAUUUUUCGUAAACGACUAAGGAAGACGUUUACUGAUGCCUGGUUAUCUUUUCUUUUAUCGCGAAAACUUCCUGAGCACUUGGAGUUUCGAAUAUUAGAAGACUUGGGAUCGAAUAUCAUUCCUUGGAUGACAAGGCCACUUCAAUUGGUUGAUCAUUUAUCGAGUUUAACAGAACAGCGUGGAAUAAUAUCGAUCAUGGCUUUGGAUGCUCUUUUUGUACUUAUCAGAGACUAUGGUUUGGAUUAUCCAUCCUUUUAUGAAAAACUUUAUAGUCUAUUGACAGUCAGUAACCUUACGGCAGCUCAGAAAUUUUUGAGUUUCAUGAGUAAGCUUCUAUUAACUUCCCUAAAUAUUUCUGAGCACAUGGUACUGUCUUUUGUCAAGAAACUUGUUCGACUCUCAACACGCCUACCACCUGUGCCUUGCAACUGGUGUUUGACAUGCGCUAUUCGUCUGAUGCUGAAAUAUCCUUCACUUGCUUGUCUUGUUCAUCGAACAACAAAUCAACAAGGAGUAUCUCCCUUUGCCUUCAAUACUAUUGAGUCGGAUUCAAAUACUCAUACAACUGAGUUUUCAUCAACAUCAAAAACUUUUGUAUCUAAAGACCCUUUCGACGAGUUUCAAUCAACAAGUGAUGCUUCCAAUGCUUCCUCCAGCUGUCUGUGGGAACUACAACUCAUUCAACGUCAUUAUAUGAAGAGUGUGAAGAAUGAAAAGAAAAACAUCAUCCUUGCCUCCCAAACCAGAAGAUAUCUUAGAAACGGAUACAAUGAAGUGGAUUGAACGACCCAAGAAAAGAAGAAAUAUUUGC